UAAGUCCACGUGUCCAGUGAUAACAGCAACUCCAAUUUCUCUUUCUUCCGCUAUGUAUGUAUUAUGUAUACAGUAAAAAGAAGAAGCAGAGAAUAGAAGAACACCAACAGAGAGAGAGUCAUUAAAAUCUAGGAAAAAUUCUCUCUCUUUAACUGAACAGUGAAUAGAUUUUGAUUUGAGAAAAAAAGGGGUCGUGGAGAAGUGUUUUAGUUAUGUUCAGGACUGUUUGGAUGUGACUGAAAUUGUUCUCUGCUAUUUUUUUUGUUUAUUUUUUGUUGGAGAAAAGAGCGAGAGAGGAGGAGGGAGAUUGAAGAUAUAAUAAUGAACAGAGGUGGAAUUGGAAUUGGAGGGCCAAUCAGAAAAUCCUUUAAGGAUUCUCUUAAAGUUCUUGAAGCUGAUAUUCAACAUGCUAAUACUCUGGCAUCUGAUUUUCCCAGAGAGUACGAUGGAGCUUGUCUACAGAUGAGAAUGUCCUACAGUCCGGCAGCGCACCUGUUCCUUUUCUUAGUGCAGUGGACUGAUUGCCACCUUGCUGGUGCCCUUGGAUUGCUGAGAAUUCUAAUUUACAAGGUUUAUGUUGAUGGCACCACAACCAUGUCGGUUCAAGAAAGGAAAGCAAGCAUUAGGGAGUUUUAUGCUGUUAUUUAUCCCUCCUUACUUCAACUUGAAAGAGGUGUUACGGACUCAGAAGACAAAAAGCAGAAAGCAAUUUGCAUGGAGAGAUACAGGAGAAGAGAUGAUGAGGAUUACAGACAGUCUUCUGACUCGGACGUUGAAAGGGAAGAGGAAUGUGGAAUCUGCAUGGAAAUGAACAGCAAAAUUGUCCUUCCCAAAUGCAAUCAUGCCCUGUGCUUGAAAUGCUAUCGCGAAUGGCGUUCGAGGUCACAGUCAUGCCCCUUCUGCCGUGAUAGCCUUAAAAGGGUAAACUCUGGCGACCUGUGGGUAUACAUGGACAACAAAGACGUCGUGGACAUGUCAACGAUAACAAGGGAGAAUCUGAGGAGGCUAUUCAUGUUUAUAGACAAGUUGCCCUUGAUCGUGCCGGACAAUGUCUUUGAACACUACGAUACUCAUAUAAGGUAGACGAGCAAUGCUUUCAUUGGGAUUGAAUCAUCAUACUAAGGAUCAAGAAAUUGGUCAGACUAGAUUUAGAAAUUCAGGUGGAUUGCUUUUUCACCUUCUGAUUAGAAGAACCCGACCGAGUCAUCGUGGCGCUGGGGUUGAAGCUAAGUUAGAUUAGCCAAAAAAAAAAUGGAGCUUUUUAAUUGCAUCUCCUAAUUUGUACAUGCUUGUAUAGUACCAGUUGUUGAAAACACAAUGUACCUUUGUUGUUUGUUUUCUAAUCUUUUGGUAUGCCAUAAACACCACUGGCAUUUGCGCUCAAGUGCAGAGUUUUAUGGUCACCAUCUAUGAGUGUGUAUAAUAUAUGAUGUGUUUAAGUUA